CAAAUUUCUAUGUAGCCAAUGUAAAUCAGAUUAUACAUACUAAAUGUAUGUAAGUACAAUUCAAGUAGUCAUAUUUUUCUAGAUUCAAUGCAAAGCAUAUUCCAAUGUUAUAAUUUCGUUGUUUAUUUAUGUCAGUUUAUUUUAAAUUAAUUAUAUUAUUGAAAUUGAUUCAUUAUAAUAAAUCUUCGAUAUACAAUAUUUCAUCAACUUAUUUAAUAUUUGAGGAUAAAGAAGUAUUAUGCAGAAUUAAAGCUAUUGAGUGCUUUUACAUAAAAUUUGAUUGUAUUGUUGAUGUCUCAGUAUAAUGGAAAAAUUGAUAGGAAUUCAUCAAUUAAAAGAUAUACUUAAAAAUUUUCCAAGAAAUAUAAAGUUUUGUUUUGCAUAUGGAUCUGCAGCAUUUAAACAAUUAAACAAUGAAUCUAACAAUAUGGUGGAUCUUAUAUUUGUUGUUCGUAAUGUAAACCAAUGGCAUGCUGAAAAUUUAAAACUUAAUCCUAAACAUUAUGCUCAACCAUUAAGAUUUCUUGGACAUAAAGCAAUUACUAAUGUACAAGAAAAAUGGGGUGCUAAAGUAUAUUAUAAUACAUUAGUUAAAAUGAAAGAAGGAUAUACUAUCAAAUAUGGUGUUGUUUCUGAAGUAUCAUUAGUAGAAGAUUUAUUAGAUUGGACUGAUAUAUAUUUAGCCGGAAGAUUACAUAAACCAGUUAAAAUACUUAUGGAACCAAAUGAAUAUUCUCAAUUAACUACAGCUUUAGUACAAAAUUUACAUUCAGCAGUACAUGCAGCUUUAUUAUUACUUCCACAGCAUUUUACAGAAAUUGAUUUUUAUAAAACUAUCACUGGCUUAUCUUAUAAUGGUGACUUUCGAAUGACUUUUGGUGAAAAUAAAGAAAAAAUUAAUAACAUUGUUCUGCCUCAGUUGACAUACUUUAAACAAUUAUAUAGUCCAAUUUUACAACAUUUUGAAAAUUAUGUUGAUAUUCCAAAAUCUGACAAAAUGGCUGUCAUAUGCCAUCAAGAUAUAAGUCCUGCAACAAAAAUACAUCACUUAAAUCAAUUACCAAGAAUACCACAAGUUAAUCUUGUUAGAGCAUGGUCUCAAGGUCCAAGAUCAAAAGAUACUGAAGAUUGUUUACGUGCAAUAGCUUAUGAUCCUGAUUGUGGGGAAAUAUUGGAAGAAUGUUUAAAAGAAAUUAUAUGGAGAUCUAGUAUUUCUCAAAGUCUAAAAGGAAUUGCAACUGCUGGAUUUGUGAAAUCUAUUCAAUACAGUACAACAAAAAUAAUGAAAAUGUUACAAACAAGUCCACAGAUAACUUCUCUUCCAAAACUAGAAUCAAGUCAAACUAAAGUUGAAAGAAUAAUGGAAAGUGUGAAGAACGAAACUCAAUCAAAGGAAACAGAUAAACGCGUAGAAUAUAAUUAACUAUGACUACAAUGGAUUCUGAUUCUGAAAGUCAAGACAGUGAUGAUGGACGGCGAUUUCGUUUUGAAGCUACUCGUAAAGAUAAUAUACAACUGGAUACAAAGAUGAGAAAAUUAUCAAGUUUAAAAUCACAACAAGAAUCACGUUAUAGUAUAGAGCGUAAAAAUAAAAAAGAUAAAUUUAAACGGAAUUAUAAUAGAGAGGAACAUAAACAUUCAACAGAAUUAAAUAAUGAUAAUAGAGAUUCUAAAUAUUCUACUAAAUAUUCAAAAAAUGAGACAAAAAGACGUGAAAAUAAUAAAGAUUAUAAAAAUUUAAAGGAUAUUAGUUUGGAUACUAAAAGUAUUCCAUUAUCUUCGAAACACAAAACAAAAGAGACAAAGAAAUACAAAAGUCAAGAUCGAAAUGAACAUCUAAAUAAUAAAUCUCAACAACGAUGUCAUAGCAGAAAUGAAAAUGAUAAAUCACAAAAUGACAAACAAAAAAACAAAUGUCAUGAAAAAUAUAAUAAACAUCAUACUUGUGAUAGAAAUCGUGAUAAAAGUAAUCAGACAUGUAAAAUGAGAUCUGAAGAUUGUAAGUUUCGAGAAGAAUUUGAAAAAUAUAAUAUUCAUAAAAAAAUAUCAGUGAAAGAAGAUGAAAAAAAAUUUUUGUCCAAAAAUAUAAAACAGGAUUAUUGCAAUAAUGAAUCAUUAACAGAGAGAGAAGUAGAAAAAGUGGAAAGUCAAGAAUAUAAUGAAUUAAAUUUAUCUGAAUUUAAUAUUCUAUCAGGUGAAAAUACUAAUAUUUCAAAUGUAAAAAAUAAAAAUUCAUUAUUACAACUACAUGAUAAGAAUUCAAAAAAAGAAUAUUUUAAUAAUGAACAUAAUGAUUCAUCAAAAAAACACAUAAUGGAAAUCGAAACAAUGGAGAAAUUAUCAAAGGUAAAUGCAAGGAAGAAUGAUUUAUUUUGUGGUUCCAGUAAUAAUAAUUCUGGUACCAUUUCAGAUAUCUUAUUAAAUACUACAUCACCUAUAUUGAUGGAAUCGAGGAAAAACAUAAUUGAUUUAAAUAAUAGGGCAAUAAUAUGUUCUUCUUCACCAGAAGAAAACAUGUACAUUACUGAAUCAACUUCCUUGCAUCUCAGUAAUUCUGUAAAAGUAACAGAUAUUAAUGAAAAAAUUACAACAUACGGGCCGGCUUUACCACCGCAAUUAAAAACUGAUCUUUCCAAUAAUAUGGAAUCAAAUAAAGAUUUUAUAGGACCUUGUUUACCAAAAAAUGAUGCACAAAAUAUAAAUGAAAAAAUAGAAAAA